AUGGCUCACUCUCCAGCUUUCCAUGACAGAGGUACUCGAUUUACCAAUUACAGCAGUAUUCACUCCGCCGACGCGUUCGUGGGAGAAUACCAAGUCAUGUACACGCCAGGUUCAACUUCACCACAACAACCAAGAGCGAACAGGAAGUCUUCACGCUUUAGUAGAACCGCUUCCUCUUCGAAACCACAUCAGAAUGUCUCGCAGUCAUACCUGCUUCCUUCCGACAUGCCAAACACUUCGCAGAUCAUGCCAGACCAUGGUCCGUUGCCGAACAUUCAGGUACACUACAAUAUUCCGGCAGAUGAGAAGCAGAUAGUAGCUUCGCUUCGAGCACUUCAGAGAGACCUAGCUGAAGCUGUGCAAACAAUCGCGACCCUCACGCGAGAACGCGACGAUGCUCUUCAAGAGAUAAGAAUGCUCAAAUCUACUGCACGAAAGCUAUCUUCGCCAGCCUCACGACCAAGCAAGACCUUUGAGGAUGAGCUCUUUGAUCUAAGCAGUCCUAUUCAAGAAUCUCCAAAACGUUCUGGACAGCGACUGCUACAAUCCAGAAAGGAAGGCAGGGAGCAGAAAGAGACACAAGUUUCAGAUGAGGCAAGGGUUAUUUCUACACACGCUGCUCACCAGAGGCACGCAUCUAUCAAAAACGCAAGGGAGAGCAGCAAGCAACACCAGAAGCCAGUUGUGGAUGACACUAAGCAGAGCGUGUUGGAUGAGAAUCCGACCGCUGCUUCCAACACGUCACGACGUAGGAGACGACACUCGUUGGACGAGAAUAUGACUUCUGCGUACAUUAUACCCGACAUUACCGUUGAGGAACAAGUUCAGAGCCCACUCAAGGUCUCUCGAGCUGCUCAGAAUGUCCUUCAUAGCUUGGAUCCAGAGCACAUCAACAACUGUGAUGUUUGUCAUCGCCUUACCAAGCACAUUCGAGCCACUGAAAGAGAGCGGAAGGCAUCCAAGAAGGAGGUUGCACUCCAAGACAUCGCUCGAGAACCUCCUUCCAAGGUCCAAGACUUUGCCUCUUUCGCGACCGACAAAGCUCGUCGAGCUACUCAACCAGACUAUACUGCUGUACUUGCUGGCUUCACCCCUGAUGACUCUGUUCUCCACGACCAAACAAUGCGACCCAAGGUUUCACCUGAUCAGGCUCUCACACGUGUCAGAGUCCUUAUGGAUGCCCAGUUCCGCAAGGCAAAGGAGCGACAUGGUCUAGCUUGGGAGAAAUACAACAAAAUCGAGGCACCCUUGUCAAGCAAAAAGCAUUCUGAGAUCAGCAAGGAGAUGCAGCACUGGGCCGAGAAGAUGGAGGAAUGUCGUGUUCAUUUGGAUUACUUGCGAGACGUCGAAGAGGGCAUGAGAGAUGGUGACACAUAG